AUGGGCAACGAAGUACCGGCGUCUUACCCUCACUAUCUCCCCGUCCUUCAGAUCGAGAAAUCAGGGCCACUGGAACCAUUCGACUACUACGAACACGGAAAAGAUGCCGACCCAUCCUUCCCCGACCUCCUGACCGAAGAUGCCCAAGUUGAAGACCUGACCCCGAAAUUUGGCUCCGAAGUCCGCGGGAUUCAGCUGAGCAAAUUGACAAACGAAGGAAAAGAUCAGUUAGCGUUGUUCGUCGCACAACGAAAAGUUGUAGCUUUCCGCAACCAAGACUUUGCUCAGAUGCGCAUUGACGAAGCGCUCAAUUACGGUGGCUAUUUCGGGAGACAUCUCGUACAUCCAACUUCUGCGGCACCUCCAGGCUACCCUGAAAUCCACAUCGUGCAUCGCGGGCCAGAAGAGAAGACCUGUGCAAACGCCCUGUCCCAACGGACAAGCGCUGUAUACUGGCAUUCUGAUCUGAGUUUUGAAGAGCAACCCCCCGGCACCACCUUUCUUUAUGUUCUCGAUGGGCCGCCCAGUGGAGGUGAUACGAUAUUUGCCGAUAUGGUACAGGCCUACAAUCGGCUUUCCCCAGAGUUUCGCAAGAGACUGCAUGGGUUGAACGCAGAGCACACCAGUAUCGAACAUAUUAAGAAUGAAGGUGGGAAUUCUCGCAGACCAUCCAUCACAGUCAAGCAUCCGAUUGUCCGGACUCAUCCAGCGACCGGUGAAAAGGCGCUUUUUGUGAAUAAUAUCAUGACGAAACGUAUCUGUGGUUAUAAGAAGGAGGAAUCGGAUUUCCUGUUGAGAUUCCUCUUUGACCAGGCAGCUCUAUCACACGACCUGCAGAUUCGUCUCAGAUGGAAGCCCGGUACUGUUGUUGUAUACGAUAAUCGGGUUACUGCUCAUGCCGCUCUCUUUGACUUUGAGGAUGGGUAUAGGCGUCAUUUGGCACGACUCACACCACAGGCAGAACGGCCGUACGAGACUCCUUUCGAGGGGUGA